AUGGACAAUAAUGGCUUUUGCAAUGACAGUUACAACAGUGGGACCAGUGAUGAUGAACUUCUAGAUCUAACAGGGACACUGGAGUUCCCUGACGACGUGCCUCCAAUGAACCAUGACUAUAACUCAGCUGUUUUAAACAAUGGUAUUGGAAAUAGACAUCAGAAUGGUGCAGGAAAGCUGAUGGACCUGAUGGACGAGACCGUCCCUGGUGUUGGCACGUACGAGGACUUCAACACCAUCGACUGGGUCCGGGAAAAGUCCAAAGACCGAGACAGGCACAGAGAGAUCACCAAUAAGAAAACCCAGUCGACGUGGGACUUGCUCUUUAGCGUUAGCGAUGCUUUCUCAGGUUGGCUUCUCAUGCUUCUGAUAGGGCUACUGUCAGGUGCCUUGGCUGGAGGAAUCGACAUCAGUGCCCAGUGGAUGACCGACCUGAAAGGUGGCGUGUGUCUGAACGGGUUCCGGUAUAGCCAUGAGCACUGCUGUUGGAGUUCCAGAGAGACGACGUUCCAGGAGCGAGACAAGUGUCCGCAGUGGAAGAGCUGGGCGGAGCUCUUCGGAGCCCCGGAGGGGGCGAGUGCCUACGUGGUAAACUACCUGAUGUACGUGAGCUGGGCUCUGCUCUUCUCUUUCCUGGCUGUGACUCUGGUGAGAGUCUUCGCGCCAUAUGCCUGUGGAUCUGGAAUCCCUGAGAUUAAGACCAUACUGAGUGGCUUUAUAAUCCGGGGUUACCUGGGAAAAUGGACCCUGAUCAUUAAGACCGUCACGCUGGUGCUGGCCGUGUCGUCUGGGCUCAGUCUGGGGAAGGAGGGGCCGCUCGUCCACGUCGCCUGCUGCUGCGCCAACAUCUUCUGCUACCUCUUCACCAAAUACCGCAAGAACGAGGCCAAGAGACGAGAGGUCUUGUCCGCGGCUGCCGCCGUGGGGGUGUCCGUAGCUUUUGGAGCUCCCAUCGGAGGGGUUCUGUUCAGUCUGGAGGAGGUUAGCUACUAUUUUCCCUUGAAAACUCUGUGGCGGUCGUUCUUCGCCGCGUUAGUGGCCGCGUUCACGCUGCGUGCCAUAAACCCUUUCGGGAACAGCCGUUUGGUCCUGUUCUACGUGGAGUUUCACAAUCCCUGGCACCUGUUGGAACUAGUACCGUUUAUCCUGCUGGGCAUUUUCGGUGGGCUGUGGGGAGCCGCCUUCAUCCGCGCCAACAUCGCCUGGUGCCGCAGACGCAAGACCACGCGUCUCGGGCACUACCCCGUCCUGGAGGUGCUGCUGGUCACCUUGACGACGGCCGUCCUGGCCUUUCCCAACGAGUACACCCGCAUGAGCAGUAGCGAGCUGAUCUCGGAACUCUUCAACGACUGCAGCCUGUUGGACUCCUCCAAACUGUGCGACUACGCCAACGCCAACGUGACCAUCAGCAAAGUCGGCAACGGGCUGUCCAACCGCGCGGCCGGGCGCGGCCUCUUCACCGCCAUCUGGGAGCUUUGCCUCGCCCUCCUCUUCAAGAUGGUUAUCACCGUGUUUACCUUCGGCAUGAAAGUUCCGUCCGGUCUGUUCAUUCCCAGCAUGGCGGUGGGUGCCAUCGCCGGGCGGCUUCUGGGCAUUGGCAUGGAACAGUUGGCGUAUUAUAACCAUGAGUGGGAUGUGUUCAAGGGCUGGUGUUCUGAGGGCGCUGACUGUAUCACUCCAGGGCUUUACGCCAUGGUGGGCGCAGCCGCAUGCCUGGGUGGCGUGACGAGAAUGACCGUGUCUUUAGUGGUCAUCAUGUUUGAGUUAACUGGUGGACUGGAGUAUAUCGUGCCUCUGAUGGUGGCCACCAUGACCAGUAAAUGGGUGGCGGACGCCUUGGGCAGAGAGGGGAUCUACGAGGCUCACAUUCGCCUCAACGGUUACCCCUUCCUGGAGCCCAAAGAGGAGUUCAAGCACAAAACCCUGGCCGUGGACGUCAUGCGCCCUCGCCGCGGCGACGGACCCCUCGCCAUGCUGACCCGGAGCGGCAUGACCGUGGGCGAGGUGGAGGCGCUCGUCGACGACACGUCCUACAACGGUUUCCCCGUGGUGGUGUCCAAAGAUUCCCAGUGGCUCGUGGGUUUCGUGUUACGUCGAGACCUGGUGAUCUCUCUAGACAACGCCCGGAAACAUCAGGAGGGGGUCGUGAGCGAGUCGUGUGUCCUGUUCACAGAACACACUCCGUCCCAGCCUCCGAACGAGCUCCCGCCUGUCAAACUACGCAGCAUCCUGGACCUCAGUCCCUUCACUGUCACGGAUCAAACGCCCAUGGAGAUCGUAGUGGACAUUUUCCGCAAACUGGGGCUCAGGCAAUGCCUGGUCACACAAAACGGUCGUUUGUUGGGAAUCAUCACUAAGAAGGACAUUCUUAAACACAUGGCACAGAUGGCCAACAGAGAUCCAGAGUCCAUCCUCUUUAACUGAACAGCCUUUACUCAGCACCAAUAAG